AUGACGACAGUUGCCACCAAGAGAAUAACACACGCGGCGGCCAGCGUGAAAGCACAAGCUCCAUACUUUGUCGAUAACAAGUACCUGUUCCUCACUCUUGUCGACGACGUGUAUGGUGCAGUCCAUAUGCUACCGACAUCUGGCGUCUCGUUCCUGAUGUUCUCGAAGUACGCGAACACGCAACCGACGGCCGCAACCGUGAAGAUGAAAGACAGCGCGGAGAAUACAAUGCCUGCAAAGGAGGCAAUACGCUUGGGUCUGACAAAGGCCACGGCGGUGGCGAUGAUGGCCAGUCCGGCUGUCGAAGCGGCAACGGCUGGGAGGACGAAGCCCAAAGUCAAGUCGCGCAGCUUAUUUCUCGACAUGGACGAAGGGAAAGUUUCGACGAUUGACCUGACGGAGAAGGACGGAUCAUAG